CCGUCUGCAUUUUGUUUGUUCUUGACAUUGCCAUGGCUCCUGCGUACUGGAUAAACCUGGAAUAAUUUCAGUAUAAUGUAGUGAAAUUUAUCGACGUGUUCAUCAAAACCGAAUUUCUCAUCAUGAAUGAAUUAACGAUGUGUGUACAGCAUUCAGGAUCUCGGCUGGUAUCGCUGCUUUGAUCGGAUUAUUGUAUGCUGUUUUACUCUCACUGGCUCACACAAUGGGUAGUCUAUGCAAUUUUAUCCGCCAAUUCACCGACGUGACGUUCCUAACUGCACGGUCUUUGUACUUUAACAAUUUCACGUCAAGUUCACUAUGCUUGGACACGGCAAUGCAACCGAUUUUCUGGAUAGUCGAUAAUGUUGUCAGACGACUUGGACCGGUAUUUGUAUUUUUAGUGGUAUGUUUGACAACCUCAGUGGUCCUUACAUUCUAUAUCUACAUCAUGCCUUUUGUGUUCUCCUGUGGACUGCAUUGGGUUAUAUUUCAUUUAGUGUUUGGACAUUGGUUACUUAUGAAUAUCAUUUUUCAUUACUACAAAGCAGUCAUCACAUCACCUGGAGUGCCAAGCAAGGGAAAUUUGAGCAAGAUAGGAAUCACUUCAGUCUGCAAGAAAUGUAUAUCUCCCAAGCCAUCUCGUACGCAUCAUUGUAGCGUAUGUAAUAAAUGUAUACUUAAAAUGGACCAUCAUUGUCCUUGGCUGAAUAAUUGUGUUGGUCAUUUUAACCACAGAUAUUUUUUACAGUUUUGUGUUUUCAUGUGGAUUGGUACAAUUUACGUAAGCAUAACCAGCUGGCCGCUGUUUUAUGAAGAAUUCUUCUUAACCCCUGUCUACCCACUUCAUACGCAGGUUACAAUGUUUGAGAAGUCCUACCACCACAUGAUUUUCUAUGAAUUCUUUUUGUGUUCUGGUGUGGUGGUAGCAUUGGGUGCCCUCACCUUGUGGCAUAUUAGAAUCAUUACAAGAGGCGAAACCAGUAUUGAAUCACAUAUCAAUCGUUCAGAAACGAAAAGACUCAAAAAAGUUGGUCUUGUCUACAAAAACCCUUUCAAUUUUGGUGCUCGAGAGAAUUGGAGGUUGUUUUUAGGUCUUGGUGAAGGAAGGGUUUUUUGGAGACAUAUUCUAUUACCAUCAUCACAUUUCCCAUUCAGUGAUGGUCUACAGUGGCCUACAACCAAUCAUAAUGUAGUUGACUCAGUCGUCCAAGAUGAAACAACAUAGAGCCUGUUAGUGUGGCCUUGCAACCAGAUUCACCGGACUUUUUGGAACAGUAUAGCUAUGCCGUCUGGACACCCUCCAUCAGGCAAUGGAAUGACCUGGAAAUAUAGUUAUGAUAAACAAUCUGCUAAUGGUACCUGUUAUGUGUAAUUUUAUAUUUCAAAAUCACAUAAUCACGAAUUUAAAUCAAGACCUCCAUAUGGGAUCAAUGUUGUUGGGUUUUUCAACAAAUAUAAUUAUUCACAGAAAUGACAAAAUAGUGGUCAAGAACUAUUGUGAGUUGUUUGUAUUCACCAGAUUUGAAGGGUGGUGGCCGUCGCGCAGCUCGUGUUCGAAUUUCAUGUAAGCUAACAAUGUAUUUUACUCGCAUUGUAUACGUUGCUAUGAGUCCCAUAUUGAACACGACACGGCUUGACGACCACAACUCUUUGAUAAAUCUUGACGUGUGGCCUUAAGGUAGAAUCAAGUCAUUGGUUUUUCAUAUUUGCUCAUAUUUCAAUAUAGCAGUGACAAAAACAGUAUGUAGACUUUUUAGCUCCGCUGUCGACUUUGUCGAGCGGAGCUUAUCAUAUGAGUGAUUGUCCGUCGUCCGUUUCAAUGUUUUACUUUUUCGACUUCUUCUUGAAAACUACAAGCCUGAAUGUUUUGAUACUUGGUGUAUAUGUACCUUGGGUAGACCUCUCUCAGAUUUGUUCAUUUCAUGAUGAUAUCUUCAAUUCUCUAAUUUUGCCUCAUAAUUCAUUCACCCAAGAUAACCACUCUGAUACCACUCGUAUCAACCCACUCUUUAUGACAUUUUAUAACUCAGUUCUACGAAG